AUGCUCGAUUCGGAGCUGUACCCACGCGGCGGGGACACUCACCAUGGGCAACACGGGCAUCAUCAUCAUCACCAUCAUCACCAUCAUCAUUACAAGUCCGCACAUCACCGCCACUACCACUCACCUUCGCCCCAUCAUCACGAACGGGAGCGAAAGUCGCGGUCAUCGCCGAGACAUCAUCACCUGCAGCACAGCGAUGGUGAAAAAUUGAAGUACCAGAACGCCUUCGGUGGAUCGGUGGGCAAUGUUGGCAGUUCGUCCUCGUCGGAUAAAUACCACAAGUACUUCCCGCACCAUCUGCUGUCCGGUGGAAGCGGAAGUUCGUCCGGCGGUGGGUACUUCGAUCUUAGCGAUAAGAUCGACAGCCGAGGGUCGGAAAAGGGCAGCAGUCUUAUCAGUGGGAGUGGUGGCAGUGCCGGUGGUGAUAGCAAUAAUAACCAUCAUCAUCAUCAUCAUCAUGGACAUGCGUCCGGAUCGGGCAGUAUCCUGAGUGACACGACGACGACCGCCGGAAGUGGAAGCAAUGCGAGUGGUGGAAGCGGCAAGAAGCGAACGAUUGUGCUGGUAGGUGAUGGUAGGAGCCGCGUGAGGCGGGUCGUGCGGACACAAACGCGCCAAAUCACGGUAGUGAGCUACUCCGGGCGUAAGAAGGAAACGGAAAGCCACACCAGCCACCACGCGACGAUUGUCAGUUUCCCACAAAAAAUCGAUCGCCCAGCGCAGAUCUACUCGACCCAUCAUCACCAUCCGAGCAGCGCCAGCGGUGGCACCAACAAUGGCCUGCUCACGAGUGGCGCCAGCAGCAGCCUCGGCAGCAACAGCCUGUGUGGAGCCAGCGGCGGUGGUUCGUACGUCUACGUGCACCAGCAGUCGCAGCAACCGAACCAGCAGCAGUACCAGCAGGUCAGCCAGCAGCAUUACGUGUCACCGCAGCAGCUCACCUACCAUCUACAUUCGGCCGCUGGCGGUGGAACCGGUGCAGCUGGCAAUGGCUACCAUCAUCAUGGGUCGCAUCAGAACAUCGCGACGCCCACGCUUCACAAGAAAGGCUCCAUCCGCAGCAAUGGCGAUGUGCUCAAGCGGACACGCGUGCAAAAUGCGUAUGAGCUGUCGCAGGACCUGCUGGACAAGCAGAUCGAACUGUUGGAGCGCAAGUACGGUGGAGUGAAGGCACGCAACGCUGCCCUCACGAUUCAGCGCGCCUUCCGUCACUACACGAUGGUGAAGAAGUUCGCCUCGAUCACAGCGAUGGCUAAGGCGGAAAAGCGCAUGAGCCGUAGGGUUCAGCAGCAACAGCAACAGCAGCAGCAGCAGGGAGAGCUGGACAUGAUGCACCACGCGCAUCACCAUCAACAACCGGGAAUGGAGGAUGGACAGAUCUACGCCACCGAGGAUGGUACUAUGGUCGGACAGCAGCGUGUCUGUGCUACGAUCUCCGCAACACCACCAGGAACACUACACCACCGUGUGGCACCCGCUCGCUCGAUGUCCUUGCGGGAACGUCGGCUCGAUGCGAGCCCAAUUCCACGCACCCAGUCCGGCACGGCAUCUCCCGCUCCAGUCCCGAUCACCUCCUGGAGCCAAAGCCCGACUCAGCUCAUUACGGGCGCCUCGACUCAGCAGCCAGUACAGCAACAGCAACAGCAGCUACAGCAACAGUACUCGCAUCCGCAUGUAAAUAUUCUCCACCAGCAGCAGGCUCAGCUCGCCGGGUAUGGCUACACACCGGCCGUGUCCACUUCACCGCAUGUCGUGAUGCACCAUCAUCAGCAGCAGUACCAAAGCCAGUACGGAUCGCAGGAUUUGAAUGUGAGCGGUGCGAGUAGCAGCUCCCAACUCGACUCGACCGUAUCGUCGAUGAACCUGUCGUGGAACUCGCAGACGGCCAGCACGCACCAAAGCCCUUAUACGCCGCAUUACACGGCAGCGCAGAUCUACAUGCGCCCACGUGGCAUUGGCAUCGGUAGCUCAGGUGGAAGCAGCGGUAGUACAUCCAGUGCUGGUGGUUGCAGUGGCCGCAAGGUUCCACCGGAGGUACCAAAGCGUACUAGCAGCAUUACAGGGCCGGGUGGACAGCACACACCGAGUCGUUCACUGCGGCCAAAUGGGUUGUGCAAGACGGCCGAGAAUGGCAGUCUCAGCUCGGUGCAGUCGUCUGGAAGCGACUCGUCAGCAUCAGCCGAUCGAGGACUUGCAGGUGUCGGCAUAGAGAUGAUCGGUGGAUCGUCUGACCGGUCCAGUUCGCCCCAGUGGAAGCGUAAGGGUCCGGGAAGUAGCCAGGGAGGCAGUAUCACGUUGCUCCCAGCUCAAUCCCCCGAUCACAUGCUGAUGAGCGCAGGAUCCGGUGAGACCGCUGUCGUCGGUGGACGUUCGAUCCUGUCCAGCGUGGCUGCGGUGUCCUCGGCAAACACGACGGCUGUAGGAGGCAGUAGCAGCAGUGCCAACGUAACGAUCGCCAGCAUCGAGAGCGAAUGUCUGAGCUCGCACACGAGCGCCGCCCAGUACUCGAUGGAGCAGCAUGAUCAGAUCGUACACACGCCAACCUCGUACAAGGUGUCGGAGACGAUCCGCAAGCGCCAGUACCGGGUGGGGUUGAACCUGUUCAACAAGAAGCCGGAACGUGGCAUCACCUAUCUCAUCCGCAAGGGCUUCCUCGAGAACACGCCGCAGGGCGUGGCGCGUUUCCUGAUCUCGCGCAAGGGUCUCUCGCGGCAGAUGAUCGGCGAGUACCUGGGCAACUUGCAGAACCCGUUCAACAUGGCGGUGCUGGAUUGUUUCGCAGGCGAGCUUGACCUCUCCGGCAUGCAGGUGGACGUGGCGCUGCGCAAGUUCCAGGGCUACUUCCGCAUGCCGGGUGAGGCUCAGAAGAUCGAGCGUUUGAUGGAGGUGUUUUCGGCGCGGUACUGCCAGUGCAACAGUGACAUCGUGGCGCGGUUACGCUCACACGACACCGUGUUUGUGCUCGCGUUUGCCAUCAUCAUGCUCAACACGGACCUGCACACGCCCAAUCUGAAGCCGGAACGGCGCAUGCGGUGCGAUGAUUUCGUGAAGAACCUGCGCGGUAUCGACGACUGUCACGACAUCGAUCGGGAUAUGCUGAACGGCAUAUACGAGCGUGUUAAGGCGAACGAAUUCAAGCCCGGCUCCGAUCACGUCACGCAAGUGAUGAAGGUACAGGCCACCAUCGUCGGCAAGAAGCCAAAUCUGGCCCUUCCACAUCGCCGGCUCGUGUGCUACUGCCGGUUGUACGAGAUUCCGGACAUUAACAAGAAGGAACGUCCGGGCGUACAUCAGCGCGAAGUGUUCCUGUUCAACGAUCUGCUCGUCAUCACAAAGAUCUUCAGCAAGAAAAAGUCCUCCGUCACGUACACGUUCCGCAACAGCUACACUCUGUGUGGCAUGGUCGUCACCCUGCUAGACGUUCCAAAUUAUCAGUUCUGCAUCCGGUUGUCGCAGAAGGUCGACGGAAAAGUCCUGGUGACGUUCAACGCGCGCAACGAGCACGAUCGGUGCAAGUUUGCCGAGGAUCUGCGCGAGUCGAUCAGCGAAAUGGACGAGAUGGAAACGCUUCGCAUCGAAGCGGAGCUUGAGCGCCAGAAAUCGGCCCGUGGCACACGCAACACGAACAGCGAGAACCGUGACAGCGGUGUCGCAGACGUCGAGGUCUGUGCCGGCUCUUACCCGGCCGGUGUCGGUGGCCUAGUGCCCGGCGGUGUCGGCGGAGUGUCCCCGAACGAGUGUGGCCUCGCGCAUACCCAUAGCGAUGCGCAGCUAAAGCGCAGCGCCCUCAGCAACUCGCUGCUCGAUAUGCACGAACAAUUUGGCAAUGAAAAGCCGCAACGGCGCGGCAGCGUCGGCUCAUUAGAUAGUGGAAUGUCGAUAUCAUUUCAAUCCACCUCCGCAAGCACUGGCUCACGUAGCGAUAUCAAAGUACGAAUGCUGCCUCACAGCAACACCUCCGGUCAGAUAAUCAUGCAUGCCAGUCAGCAUCCCGCUGCCCUCAUGGGUGCCAUCUAUCAUCAGCAAAUCCAUCACCACCAACAGCACCAACAACAGCCGUCGCAGCAGCAGCAGCCGCAACAACCGGCACCAUCGGGUACGGCGACAGCUGGCGUGGUGGCCCACCAUCUGCAUCAUCAUCCUCAGCAUGCGGUCGGCAGCGGCGGAGUGAUCGUUUCGGUGGGUCCACUGGGGUCCUCGCAACAACAGCAGCAACAACAUCACCACCACCACCCUGGUGGGCCUCCUACAGCAGCAGCAUCGAUGAGCAACGGUAUGGUGAUGGUCGGUACGAGCAGUACCACUAUCAACCCGAACACCAGCCUCCCCGGCAACAGCAGCAGCAACAACAGCACCAGCAACAGUGGAGCUAUCCGGCGCGAGCGGAAACCCUCCCGUACCGAAGAUGCCGCUACGGCAGCAGCACUGGUAGCCAGUGUGGGAGUCUCUAGCGGCGUCAACGCCAGCGUCGCUGGUCCCAACAACGGAGCACCGCCAUCAGCGACCAGCCAGAGCAACGGGGCGGCCAAUUACGGUCGCUCGACGGAGGUCUAGAGCAGCAGGAGCAGGAACAGAUCAUCACCAUGCGUACGAUCGCGGCCAGCAGCAUCACCACGAUCACCAGCAAAGCGACCCUGAUCGAUAUCAGUUAGCACGGGCGGGCACACAUCCCUUCCUCGUGUGUUUCAGUUGAUUUUGCGAAUGCGAAUUUUGUGUUGUAAAUAUUUAGUAGAGAGAGAGAGUGUACGUUUCCAAAGUGGAUUAGUUUGUUAGUAGAUAUCGCGCGCGCGUUGAUUGCCCUUCUCUUAGCCAGCUACUACGGAUGGGUCCCUUGAAUACCCUUGAUUUGUGAGCAUGCAAUGAAUGGCCCCUGCAAAGCCACCCGUUUUAUAGAUUUGUACAUCAUUUCUUCCCCCCCAUCUGCUCACCAGUUCUCUAGAGUUCCUUUAGUUGUAGCACGCAUAGGGGGAAUGGCGUCAGGGAAGGACCUCAGGGUCCGGACGGAAGUUGUGAAGAGUGAGAAGAAAAGAGAAAAAUCCCCCCCACACACACACAAACACAAACACAUCGUGUAACAACAAUGCUAACAAAAACAAAGCAGCAUCGGCGGUUUGUGUGAUCAUGAUCAUCAUCAUCAUCAUCAAUUCG